CUCUCUCCAUCACUGGAUUUAUCCCCUCAUCCCUGAUCUCUCUUCAUCCGCUCCAAUCCUCAUCUGUUCCUCACAGGAGAGAGAGUGUGUGUGAGAGAGAGAGAGAGAGUGGAAUAUCCAUUCUGUGUGGGACAGGAAAACUGAAUAAAAAAACAUCUAGUAACAGAAGAGGGGUAAACAUAUGACAACCAAACGGAGGGACCCUGAAAAGUGAGAACAGGUUAAGAAACCCACUGGAGAACUUCCUUAUUUGGAUUACAUCUGCUCACCUGAUUUCACUUCCUGUCUCCAUCGGUGACGACGCCUACCAACCGUUGCCAUGGGCGAAAUGGAGGAGCUGCGAAAGGAGGCGGACAACCUCAAAGAUCAGAUCACUGAGGCCCGAAAGGUUGUGCAGGACACCACCCUGCAGGAGGCGGUUGCCGGGACGACGCUUGUGGGACGUGUCCAGCUGAAGACCAGGAAGACACUGAGGGGUCACCUGGCCAAGAUCUAUGCCAUGCACUGGGGCACUGACACCAAUUGUAGCAAGUUGUGUGUCAGUGCCUCUCAAGAUGGAAAGCUGAUAGUAUGGGACACCUUGACCACCAACAAGGUGAGCGCCAUCCCUCUGAAGUCGUCGUGGGUGAUGACGUGUGCCUACGCGCCCUCAGGGAACAUGGUGGCGUGUGGCGGUCUCGACAACAUGUGCUCCAUCUACAACCUCAAGGGCAAGGACGGCAACGUCAAGGUCAUGCGGGAGCUGGCCGCACACACAGGUUACCUGUCCUGCUGUCGUUUCCUUAGCGACAGUGAGAUCAUCACCAGCUCUGGCGACUGCACCUGUGUUCUAUGGGACAUUGAGACAGGGACAGAGAAGACCAUCUUUGCGGGCCACUUGGGUGACUGCAUGUCCCUGGCCGUGUCCCCCGACUUCAAGAUGUUCAUCUCGGGGGCGUGUGACUUCACGGCCAAACUUUGGGACAUCAGGGAAGCCACCUGCAGACAGACGUUCAGCGGCCACGAGAGUGACAUCAACGCCAUCGGGUUCUUCCCCAAUGGUAAUGCGGUUAUAACGGGCUCAGACGAUGCCACCUGUAAGCUGUAUGACCUGAGAGCAGACCAGGAGCUCAUCACCUACCAGGACUCGGGCAUCAUGUGUGGGGUGACCUCCCUCGCCCCGUCCCUCUCCGGCCGCCUUUUACUGGCCGGAUACGAUGACUUCAACGUCAACAUCUGGGACAUGCUUAAAGCCGAGAGAGUGGGAGUGCUGGCUGGUCAUGACAACAGGGUGAGCUGCAUCGGAGUAUCCUCGGACGGAAUGGCAUGCUGCACAGGAUCCUGGGACAGCUUCCUGAAGAUAUGGAACUGAGCCAGUCCUCUAGUCUAGAGGACAGACAGAACGAAAGACUAAGGAGAGGGGAAUAGAGGAAGAAUAUCGUGAAAACCUGGUAGAUUGACGAGAGGGAUGGGGGGGGGGGAGAAGACUAGGAAGCCAUGGGUGAAAGGUUAUUUAUUUUUAUUGUGCCAAGUCUUAUUCAAUUUGAGAGAAGAAUUGUGACGAGAGAGUCUGUCGUCUCUUCCUACUUCCGACUCUAAACUUGAGUUAGGCAGGGGGGGGGGGGGGGGGACUUUUGUAGAAAAACAUGAUCGUUGCAUCAAUGAAUGAUUUUAUGUCAAGGUUCAAACUGAAUUCUAGCGUUAUAUGAAUAUAUUUCCUAUGUCAUAAGAGCAGUUGCCAAAUGGAAACGGUAGAGAUUUGGAUGAAAUAACAGGAUACGACCACAAAAUAAUUGACCACUGAUAAGACUGUGUAGGUUUACAAUAACUAGGACGUGACAUGCUUUUAUAUUUGAGGCGAGUUAAACUGCUCGUCAGGGGAUGAAUAUGAAGCAUCGAUUCGUUUGAUGGUUAGAAUUCCCUUGUUAAGUUUUCUAUUUUUAUGGUCACAGAAUAAAAUGGUUUAGCCUGCAGAUUUCUA